AUGUUUAAAUUUACUUAGAAAAGCUUAGCAUUUGGAGCUAACAAAGCAAAUAAUAUUUUAAGGGGAAUUCAAAAUUAAAGAUUUGCCACUAAGAAAGUUGUUCCUAGCAAUCUUGAUUAAUAUGAUGUCAUUAUUAUUGGCUCUAACAUGGGAGCAGUACUUGCUCGUCACAUAAAUGAAAUUACAAAUGGUAGAAAUACUGUUUUCGUGGCCAGUAGCAGCUCAAUUAGAGAACAACAUCAUUUGAGAGUUGCUUACGAAUUAGGAAGCUGUAAAAAGGAAAAUUUCAUUCUCGAUACAAAAUCAAUUAUUACUCCUUUUAUACCUCACUCUGAUGGUGUUAGAGUCAAAGAAAUACAUCCUGAAUCUAAUACUGUAGUACUAGAGAAUGAUCGCACUAUUUAAUACAAAAGAUUAGUUAUUUCAACAGGAUUACAGAAUAAUUUUGAAGCAAUUCCCGGUCUUAAAGAUGCUGUUUAUGAUUAAGAUCAUCCUGCAUUCUCACCUUAUGAUGUGACUGGAAAAUAAGCUAGUGUUAAAGAUCCUUAUUAUUGGUAUAACUUCUAUGGUGGAAAAUGCAUCUUCUACAUUCCUAAAUUCCCUAUUAGAGGAGAAAUCCAAGAAUAUAACUUCUUAGUUGCUUAUGACCAAUGGGUAGAGAACCAAAAGAAUAUGAGCUAGAAAAUUGAUAUUGAAUUCACAAUUGUAAAUGCAAACGAUUCAUUCUCUUAGUACAGCAAAUAAGCUGAUGAAUAUUUUAAAGAAGAACUUAAAAAGAGAGGAAUUAAGGUUUUGUACAAUACUUAAAUUGAAAAUAUUGAUAAGCCUAAGAGAUAAGUGACUGUUGUUGGAAAAAAUGGAGGAAAAACUGUUGAAAAAUAUGAUAAUUUAUAUUCAAUUAUUCCCACUAAGGGUCAUGAAUUUUUGUAAUAAGCUAAUCUCUGUAACGAAUAGGGACUACUCAGCGUUGAUAGCCACACUCUCUAACACAAGAAAUAUAAGAACAUCUUUGGUUUUGGUGAUAUUAUUGAUGUCCCUACAACAAGAAGUUUCUUUGGAACAUAAGAAUAACUAAAUGUAGUGAGACAGAAUGUAAUUCGUAGUUUACAUGGAUAAAGCUUAACUGCAUAGUACUUUGGUUAAUCUAAGACUCCUUUAUACAUUGGUAAGAAUAAACUUACUUUUGUAUCUUAAAAUUAUGAUAAACCUUCGAAAUUCAGUAUGCUUGAUAAAGAAGGAAGACACCUUUGCUAUUUGAGAAACUUUAUUUAUAGUCAUUUCUAUUAGUAUAUUAACACUGCAUAUUACAAGUUUGCUAUCUGGGGCAAACCAUACUUUUUAUGGCCUAAGACUUACCACUCCAGCUCCAAAGGAGUUUAAAAUGUCUCAGAAACUCAUACAGAACACAGUGAAAAAAAGGAUGUUAAAUAAUCUAAUAAAACUGGUUAAUAAUUUGUAUACAAACCUUAAGCAUAAUUUGCUUGUCUUGAUGUAAUUUCUCCAGAAAUUCAAGCUCAAUACUUUGUUGUUAAGGACCCUUCUAAAAGUGUUUAGAAUAUUUUUAAGAAUGAACUGAAUGAAUAGUAAAAGUAAGCAAAAGAAUAAGAAGAUAGAGUUAAAAAAGCUGAAUAAGAAUAAAAGAAAAAGGAGUAAUAAUUGAAGAGAGAGAAGGAAGAAAAGGAGUAGAAAGAAAGAGAAGAAGAAUAUAGAAAGAAGAAAGAAUAGGAAGAACUUGAAAGAAAGAGACAAGAAGAAGAAUAAGAAAAGAAGAGAUAAUUAGAACUUUAAAGAUAGAAAGAAGAAUAAGAAAGAUAGAAAAAAAUAGAAUAAGAGAGACUUCAAUAGGAAGAACAAGAAAAAUUAAAAAAACAAGAGUAAGAAAGAUUGAGAUAAUAGCAAUUACAAGAAGAAGAAGCUCUUAAGAAAUAAUAACAACUUGAAAAGGAAAAGCAAGAAGAGUUAGAGAAAUAAUAAAAGCAAUAAGAAGAAGCAGAAGUUGAUGCUAAAUAAGAAGAUGAAUAACCAUAAUAACCAGCUUCAAAUCCUUCUAGUGAAAGUGAAAGUCCUAAAAAGAGAAAGGGCAGACCUAAAAAAGAGAAAAAAGAGUGA